UGGCUUUGAUCUGCUAAAGAUUUUCCAUAAAUUAAGAGAGAAGACUCUACUCUAUCUCCUUUCUUCCUGCAUUUUUUGGUCUCUUUCAACUCCAAAACUCCAAUAAUAUCCUUGAGUUGUGAACUUGAAGCCUCAGGUUCAAAAUGAAAGUAGCAGUGGUUGGGGCAGGAAUAAGUGGACUGGUUUGUGCAUAUGAAUUGGCAAAAUCUGGGGUGAAAGUUGUGGUUUAUGAGAAGGAAGAUUAUCUCGGUGGCCACGCCAAGACUGUUACCGUCGAUGGCGUCCAUCUUGACCUUGGUUUUAUGUUCUUCAAUCAGGUAACUUAUCCAAACAUGAUGGAAUUUUUUGUGUUCCUUGGAGCUGAUACGGAGAUCUCCGAUAUGUCAUUUUCAGUGAGCUUAGACCAUGGCCAUGGUUGCGAAUGGGGUACCCGAAAUGGAUUCUCUAGUUUGUUUGCACAGAAGAAAAAUGUGUUGAAUCCAUACUUUUGGCAAAUGAUUAGAGAAAUUAGCAAGUUCAAGCAGGAUGUCACAAGCUACCUUGAAGCACUUGACAACAAUCCUGACAUUGAUUGCGACAAAACAAUAGGGCAAUUUAUUAAGUCACAUGGCUAUUCAGAGUUAUUUCAGAAGUCUUAUCUGAUUCCAAUAUGCUCUUCAAUUUGGUCAUGCCCCUCGGAAGGAGUAAUGGGCUUUUCUGCUUAUUCCAUUCUUUCAUUCUUCCGCGACCACCAUCUUCUUCAGCUCUUUAGUCUCCCUCAAUUGCUCACUGUAAGAUGGAAAUCAUAUGCAUAUGUAAACAAGGUUAAGGAGGAUCUGGAGAAGAGAGGCUGCCAAAUAAGAACUGGUUGUGAAGUAAAUUCUGUAUCGACAAAUGAAGAAGGUUGUACCAUAGCUUGCAAUGAUGGUGCCAAAGAAGUAUAUGAUGGAUGCGUAAUGGCUGGACAUGCUCCAGAUACUCUGAAAAUGUUAGGCAAAGAGGCAACAUAUGAUGAAACAAGAAUUCUGGGUGCUUUCCAGUAUAUCUGUAGUGAUAUUUUCCUUCAUCGUGACAAAACAUUCCUGCCUCGCGACCCAGCAGCAUGGAGUGCUUUGAACUUUCUUGGAACCAUGAAUAGUAGAGGAAGCAUGACAUAUUGGCUCAAUAUAAUCCAGAACCUUGGUGGGACGGAGCAACCUUAUUGCGUAACUCUUAAUCCUCCUCACACACCAGAACAUACGAUGCUUAAGUGGACCACAGGCCACCCAGUACCCUCAGUUGCUGCAUCGAUAGCUUCAUCCGAGCUACAUCAAAUCCAAGGGAAGAGAGGAAUAUGGUUUUGUGGAGCAUAUCAAGGCUAUGGCUUACAUGAGGAUGGACUAAAGGCGGGUGUGACUGCUGCAGAUGGCGUACUUAGAAGGAAUUGUAGUAUUCUGGACAAUCCCAAACACAUGGUACCAACCUGGCCUGAAACAGGAGCACGUCUCCUCGUUACUAGAUUUCUCAAAAGUUUCAUUGAAACAGGAUGCAUAAUCUUGUUGGAAAAUGGAGGUACAAUUUUCACCUUCCAAGGAACAGACAAGAAAUGCUCUCUCAAAGUUUCUCUUAGAGUUCAUAGUACACAGUUUUACUGGAAGGUUGCAACUCAAGGUGACUUAGGCCUUGCAGAUGCUUUUAUUCAUGGGGAUUUCUCUUUCGUCGACAAGAAUGAAGGUCUUCUUAAUCUUUUCAUGAUAUUUGUUGCCAACAGAGAUUUGAAAGCAUCAGUCACAAGGUCUAGUAAGAAAAGAGGCUGGUGGACACCACUGCUUUCUACAGCAGCAUUAUCAUCGGCAAAAUAUUUCAUUCAACAUGUUUCAAAUCAAAACACCCUGACAAAGGCUCGACGGAAUAUCUCUCGCCAUUAUGACCUGAGUAAUGAACUCUUCUCACUCUUUCUGGAUGAGACAAUGACAUACUCAUGUGCAAUAUUCAAGAGUGAGAAUGAAGACCUGAAAGUUGCACAGCUUAGAAAGAUUUCUCUUCUCAUCAAAAAGGCUAAAAUUAGCAAGGAACAUCACAUUUUAGAGAUUGGAUUUGGUUGGGGAAGUUUGGCUGUUGAAGUAGUCAAGCAAACAGGAUGUAAAUAUACUGGUGUAACUCUCUCCGAGCAGCAACUAAAGUAUGCACAAUCAAUAGUUCAACAAGCAGGCCUUCAGGAUCAAAUAACAUUUCUCCUAUGUGACUAUCGCCAAAUGCCAAAUAACUACAAAUAUGACAGGAUUAUAUCAUGCGGGAUGUUAGAACAUGUUGGUCAUGAUUUCAUAGGGGAAUUCUUUUCUUGUUGUGAAACUGCGCUGGCAGAGGAUGGGCUUCUAGUUGUACAGUUCAUUUCAAUACCAGACGAGAGAUACGAAGAAUACAGGCGGAGCUCAGACUUCAUAAAAGAGUAUAUAUUCCCAGGUGGAUGCUUGCCUGCACUAAAUCGAGUAACAUCAGCUAUGGCUGCAGCAUCCAGACUAUGUGUAGUGCACCUGGAAGAGAUAGGAAUUCACUACUAUCAGACGUUGAGAUGUUGGCGAGAAAAAUUCUUGAAAAAUCAAAGCCAAAUUCGUGCUUUGGGAUUCGACGACAAGUUCAUACGAACAUGGGAGUACUACUUUGAUUACUGUGCUGCUGGAUUCAAAACGUGCACACUAGGAGAUUAUCAGAUUGUAUUCUCAAGGCCAGGCAAUGUUGCAGUUUUUGGUGAUCCUUACAAUGGUGUGCCUUCAGCUUAUUAAAGUUUCUUUGUUUGGAAUAUUGGAACACAACAAUUAAGCCAGAUGUGUGUCAAUGGUGUUGGGCUAGACCGGCACAAAGAUACUUUUAAAAUGGUGUGCUUCAACUUAUAUUGAGAAGUGCUUUUUGUAAAAGUAUUCUUUAUUGAGAAACAGUUUGUGUUUGGAUAAAUUAAUUUU